CCAGGUCCUUGCCUGCAGGAGCCCAGGCAGCAGCCCCUGUACCAGCAGUCGCCCUAUGGACCCUGCCACUAUGAGAUGAAGCAGUUCCUGGAGUGUGCUACCAACCAGAGAGACCUGACCUUGUGCGAGGGCUUCAACGAGGCUCUGAAGCAGUGCAAGACUAGCAACGGUGAGUCUGUGCCCUGUGCCAGCAGCGAGGGCACUGCUGCCAGGAGAAUACUUGAGAGGGUUCAAGUCGCUACAGCAGAACAGUCCCGUGACUGCUGCCUGCAGACUGGCCUCCAGCAGGACACCUUCCUCUUCAUGUUGGUGUGA